CAAAAUUUCCCUCCAAUCAAUGCCAUUUUCCCUCCAAUUCAUCAAACCCUACAUCGAGCCUGCUACGCCUUUGGCACCACUUUCUGACUCUUCCCAACUGUUCGUUCACUCUGCUGACCCUGCGAGUGAAUUUCGAAUCGAUUAAUGGAAUUUUCGUCGGGAUUUUAAUAUUUAUAGAGUGAAUGAGCAUUGUACUAUUUUUUUCCCCUUCUGUUUGAAAUAAUUCUAUUCGGAAUCGUUAGGGAUUUUGUCGGGAUUUUCCUUAUCGUUAAAUUCAUUGAAGGACUGUGGAUGUUACGAUGACUCAAUCCAGAGGAAAGAACGAUGAAGACCUGCCGAAUGCGAGUUAUUCAGAUGCUGAUUUGACUGAUGAUGAAACGCAGCCUGUUGAUAGUCCAUUUUUCACAAAAGGCGGUAAUAUCCAAGGUGAGAAGGAUCAUAAAUGGCUAAUGAACACAAUGCCUGUUGAUGAUCUCCUUCAAUGCGGUAAUGAUUUUGAGACUCAACCAGUGGAUCUUUAUGGGGAUACCCAAUUAUUAGAUUUUUCCGGGAAUCCCCAUGAGGUUGAGAUUGAAGGUGAAACACAAGUGGUUUAUGACCAUGAUGGUGUGGAGCAUAUGCAUACUCAGGUGUUAGAUGAGUGGAACUUUGAAGUCACAAGUGAUAGUGAUUGUGAAGGAAGUGAUAGGACUGAGGUCAUUUGUGAAACUCAAGAGAUAUCAGAUAAUACUGCUAUUUCUAUGAGCCAGCUGGACUUUCAAAAGACUAGACCUGAUGAAGAGGCUGACAGAUGUCUUGAGGUUCAAUCAGAUGUUCUGAGUAACAUGAAGUGUCAUUCAGGACCUGUGCAUUGUGGCUUUACUUCUAUUCGUAUUGCAUCUUUAAGGUCCUCUGGUUUGGCUGCCAAGGGAUUGGCUCAUAGUAGGUCCGACGGUGAUUCCAAUAAGAGAAACAGUUCAUUAGAGUUGAUACGGACUAUGCAAGACAUGCCAUUUGUUGAGGAAAACGCUAAGAGGAAAGUUAACAACACACAUGGUUGUGAGGAUAAUGUUGAACUCAGUAAAGUUCUAGGGACUGAAAAUAGGUGCAAAUCUGGUAGCUCAGCUGCAAGGAAACUUUUCACAGAAGAUACUGUGGAUGAUAUGGAAUAUGCAGAGCAUGGAAAUGCUGAUGCUAACAAUGUAGCAGAUUUGCCUCAGAUGUUUACUUCAGAAAAUUUAUUGGCUGGGUUAAGUUACAUUGAUUCUCAAGAACCUGGAGAUGAAUCACAGGCUAAAGCAUUUGAUGUUGUUGACAGAUUUCUCAAGUUUAAUGGAGUUCAGGAUGAUGAAGACAUUGAAAUGGGAAAGUCAUCUGUUGAAAAAACAAAGUCUGUGCCAAGUGCAAAACGGACAAAGAGGUUGAUUGUGGCAGCCACUGGAAGCAGGCAUGAAGUAGAUAGUAUUUUUGAUUGGGACGAUAACUGCGAGGAUGAUGGUGGUGGGGAGUUUUUUCAAAAGAAUAAGGAACUUCUUUUUGAUAACAAAAUCUCCACGUCUCGACGGAAGCCUAUGCGACUUAACACUGACCAAAAAAGAGUAGUUGGUAACUGUGAAUGCACAGUAGAGAUUUCAGAAUCGUGCAAAAAGAAAGAUACUAAAGUGAAAUCAAAUAGCAAGAAAUCAAAUACUAUGACUGAAAAGCCAAAAUCCAGAGGUAAGUUUCUGAAAGAGCUUAACAAGAAUUUGAUUGAUAUGUUUGAUGAUGAAGUAGAAGAAAAUAAAACUGGCAAUGAUGACGUUCACACGACAGAUGUGGGUAUUGAUACUCAAAUGGCUGCAGAAGCUAUGCACUCAUUGUGCUUCGGUUCUUCCUUGAUUGAAGAAGGAUCUAUCACUGCAAACAUAAAAAACAGUUCAUUCAAAAGUGGAGUGAAUCAUGAGUCACAGCUGAGACAAAGUUCUCAAAAUAAUGGAUCCUGUUCUACUCGACCUGCCACACGACAAUCCUUGAAAGCUGAACAAAGGGUUGCUACAACAGUUAAAAUUGCUGAAAAUCCCAAGAAGCAAUGUGAUGGAAAAUUACUAGAAACAAAGAGCACUAGGUCAAAUGUUAGAUUACAUGAUGCUGCAAAGCAAAUUCAAGCUGCAGAAAGGAAGGAAGAAAGUGCUUUCGGAGCCAGCAAAAAAUUUGGGAUUAAUAGAGGCCUUGAUACCCCAUCUAACAGCUCUAUGUCUUUAAAGAAGAGACCAUUUCAUGAGCUUAGCAACUCACCGACACCUGUUGCUCAUAGAACAAGGCAGCACUUUGUAAUGAAUCAACAGAAUUGUACUAGAAACAUCCCAAAUAACAUGACAAAGGAGAUAAAUGGUGAAGAAGGUGCUUUUAAUUCUAAUAAAAGUCUGCCCGAUGAUGGAUCCUGUAACACCAGUACCAAAAAGAGAUUCGCUUCUAAACUUGGAAAUAUGGAUUUAUCUGUGAGUAAGAUUGGUCAAAUGAUCCAUCCCAAAGGAAUAAGAACUCGUCGAACGCGGGCAUCAAUGCUACAAGAAAACAAUGACCAGUCUAAUAUGAGACCAAGCAGAUCGAUUACCGACGGGGGAGCUCCUGUGUAUAUGAGUAAAAGAAAGAAAAUACGUAUUGCUGAAGAAAGUGUCCUAGAGUGUUCGCAGAGUGUCCAUGAAGAGGAUGCUUCUAAUAAUGGCGCAGCUGAUGCAGGUGGCAUUUCAGUUCCAGGUAUUAUACUCAAUGGAAAGGCUCCUAAAAAAUGCAGUAAAAAUCGUGAUGUGCAAUGCCAAAAAACUAAGGAUGUGUGUAAAGCAAAUGAAGUGGACGCCUCACCGAAGUAUCAACCCAAAACAUCAACCUCUCCAAGUACCACUCCUGUUAAUUGUAUGACACCUAGGAUUGAGGCAUCGCCUAUAUGUGCGGGUGACGAGUAUCAUAAGCGAUCAUGCCGCAGUAGUGCGUUGAGAUCCUCUCUUAUUAGAGAACUGAAUUCCUUACAAAGUGAUGGAGUACCCAUGAAUGUCAAGGAUUCAAGGAGGCGGAGAGAUAUGACAAAUGUCCGAGUCUUGUUCAGCCGCCACCUUGAUCAUGACAUAACCAAACAGCAAAAGAAGAUAUUGACUCGCUUGGGGGCUUCACUUGCAUCCUCUAUGUCAGACGCUACUCAUUUUGUAACAGAUGAAUUUGUACGUACAAGAAAUAUUUUGGAAGCUAUUGCUUUUGGGAAACCAGUGGUUACACACUUAUGGCUUGAGAGUUGUGCACAAGCUAGCUGUCUUAUAGAUGAGAAGAAUCAUAUACUGAGAGAUGUGAAAAAGGAAAAGGAGUUUGGCUUUAGCAUGCCAAUUUCAUUGGCAAGAGCAAGGCAACAUCCACUUUUACAGGAAUUUAGAGUCUUUAUCACCCCAAAUACUAAGCCUGGUACUGGAAUAUUAAAUGGUCUGGUGAAGGCUGUUCACGGUUUGCCAAUUGAGAGAUGUGGAAGAUCUGCUAGGAAGGAUGUGACAUCGGCAGAUGAUAUUUUAAUCUUGUCUUGUGAAGAUGACUACGAUCUCUGUGUACCUUUCCUUGAGAAAGGAAUACCAGUUUAUAGUUCGGAGCUUCUACUAAAUGGAAUAGUUACUCAGAAACUGGAGUAUGAAAGGUAUCAACUAUUCACAGAGCAUUUUAAGAGAACGCGAUCCACAGUUUGGAUGAAGAAGAAUAACAAUCAAAAUAGCCAUGUGAGAAAAUCCUGAGUAUAAAUAAUCUUUUUCUUGUGUCAUGCCACAUUUACUAACCUCUGGAUAAGAUUUCUUUUGAUUGGUCCAUUUGUAUGCCACAUGUAAAUAGCCAUGUUAAGAAUAAGAAAUAGAAACCAUAGUUUUAUACGAGAGUUAAAUGGUGUUUGUGUUGAAAUCAUUUCAACAUCUCUUGUAUAUUUGAUACUCCGUAUGUAGUAAUUUAAAAGAAUUUUUAAUACAUGGGAUUAUAAAUAUUCAUAUUUUUAAAAAAUACAAGUAACAUUUGAAAUAUAGAUAAUCUAAUUUG